AUGCUUCAUCGCCCUCUGCUCAGUCUCAGCAGCACUACUACCACUCGACUCUUACCUCGCUCGAUCGCUACCCGAGCGUUCGCUUCCACUCGUAGCAGCAGCUCUAGCUCGUCCCGUCUCAACCAGCACCAGCACCACCACUCGGCCACUUUCUUGGGCCUGCUCACCGCUUGCGCCGCCGUCUCGUCGACCCACUUGUCCCGACCUCUCCACACGAUGGCCCCGAUCGAAGUCAACGGCGGUGCCGCGGCCGAGAAGCCGUCCAAGCACAACAAGGUCGUCAUCAUCGGAUCUGGUCCCGCCGGUUAGUUCUUGCUUCCCCCUUGUCCCUUUUCCUGGCUCGCCUCGCCGAGCCCGUUUGAGGCCGUCAGUCUGUCAGCCGGAAGUGGUCGUGCUGUGGCGCGGCGCCAUUCGCCAGUUUCCCCGAGCCCCAUCGAAGUGCACGCCUCGCUGGCUGCAAGAUGAUUUCAGUAUAUCUGCUCGAUGAAACAAAGUACACCCGUGAACGAGGCGACUGACAGUUCAAUGAUUCACUUGCCCACAAUCAGGUCACACCGCGGCUAUCUAUCUUGCCCGCGCCAACUUGGAACCGGUCAUGUUCGAGGUCAGUAGCACCCACCAACUCGGUCUGCGCCGUCUUCGUCUAUCACCUGGGGGCUGGCUUUGCGAUUUUUUUCACGAGUGGUUGAAGUAGACGUUGCUGACAUGAUUACUUGCCUUUCGACUUUGGCUCUCGCUCUCUGCAGGGUAUGCUCGCCAACGGGUGAGUGGGCCCAUUUCCGGUCUUUUCCCCCGGAAACGUUCGUCGCGUUGACGCUCUCGAGGAGCAUGCAAGGCUGACAUACUGCUCUGUUGUCUUGAUGCGCAAUCCAAUCCACUCGCAGUGUCGCUGCCGGAGGACAAUUGACGACCACAACAGAAGUCGAGAACUUCCCUGGAUUCCCCGAGGGUAUCCGCGGUCCGGAGAUGAUGGACCUCUUCCGCGCCCAGUCGAUCCGCUUCGGUACCAAGGUGCACACCGAGACCGUUUCCAAAGUUGGUAAGUUCAUCGCACCAUCUCACCAGUAUGGAGGUGAAACUGCGGCUAGUGCGGUAGUCUCGAAGCUCGGUCACGGUGCUAAUCGCGCUUUGGAUCCCUUGGUCUUGCUUUCACGAUCCCUUCAGACCUCUCCUCACGACCUUUCAAGUACUGGCGCGAAGGAGCAGAGCAGGAAGAACCCGAAACGGCCGAGACGAUCAUCAUCGCGACCGGUGCCUCGGCGCGUCGCCUGCAUCUCCCGGGAGAAGAGACCUAUUGGCAGUCCGGUAUCUCGGCCUGCGCCGUCUGCGAUGGUGCGGUCCCCAUCUUCCGCAAGAAGCCCCUGGCUGUCAUUGGUGGUGGUGACUCGGCAUGCGAAGAGGCCAUGUACCUCACAAAAGUGAGUUGUUCUUUCGCGGUCAUCGUGCAUCGCCGCUUCUGCCCUCCUCUCUGAGCUGACUGAUUCGUCGGUACCAACGAUGUUCUCCCUUUCACUCAAACAGUACGGCUCGCACGUCUACGUGAUCGUGCGACGAGAUGUGCUGCGCGCGUCCAAGAUCAUGGCGAACCGUUUGCUCAAACACCCCAAAGUGACCGUGCUGUGGAACACCGAGCCCGUCGAGGCCAAGGGCGAUGGCGAUUUGCUGCAGGCGCUCGUCAUCAAGGACACAAAAACGGGCGAGACCAAGGACUUGCCGAUCAACGGUCUCUUUUACGCUAUUGGUGAGUGGGGCUCCUGAUCGCCCGGAUCCCAAAGCGAGCUUGCGAAGUCAUGAGGUGCUGACAAGAUCUGGUUUGCAAUGGUACUGCAGGACACGAGCCGGCGACAUCACUCGUACGCGGUCAACUCAAGACCGACGAGGAUGGGUACAUCAUCACCGAGCCCGGAACGUCGCUCACCUCGGUCAAGGGUGUUUUUGCUGCUGGUGACGUGCAGGACAAGAAGUACCGACAGGUGUGUUUGCGCAACCCUGAGUCUCCGAACCGAGUAGGCUAUUGACGGGCCCGUUGUUUGUCAUUCUCACACAGGCCAUCACCUCGGCCGGUACGGGUUGCAUCGCUGCUUUGGAGGCCGAACGCCUGUUAGCCGAGGAGGAAGUCCACGACCAAUAA